UCUGACGAGGUGAUUCCGAACAUGUGUUCCACACGCAGAUAGGACGUGGGUCGGAGAUGCCAUGGGCGGAUGUGAAUCCAAAGGGGGAGCACAAGGGGCGCGCAAGGUGCCCAAGAAGAAGGCUCAGGCGCCGCCUAAGAAGAAGCUGAAUCCAGCCGACUACACCUUUUCCAAGAAGAUUGAUGAGGUGCUUGUGAAGCAGGAAGGCAGCAUAGCGGGCGAACAGUUCAACAUCGAAGAAUGCAAAAACUGCGAUAUCUUCUUGUUGGACUAUAUUGCCACGAGCUUUGUCGAUGAUUGCCAAGACUGUCGCAUCUACAUUGGGCCAGUCGAAACGAGCGUCUUCGUUCGGAACUGCAGCAAUUGCAGCCUGGUCAUUGCAUGUCAACAAUACCGAUGCCGAGAUUGUCAAGACUGCAACAUUGCUUUGUUCUGUGGGACAGAGCCCAUCAUCGAGAGCAGUCAGAAGAUGCAAUUUGCUUGCUUUGACUUCAACUACUUCUCCUUGCGUGGUCAAAUGGCCAGUGCUGGCUUAAAGCCAUGGAACAAUAAGUGGUGGAUGAUCUAUGAUUUCAACAAGAACGAAGAGAAGCCCAAUUGGAGUUUGUUGCCACAAGAGGAAGCAGGGCGACUGCUGAAUGUGGAAGCGGCUGGAGUGAUCACGCCCGAAGAGCUGGAAAACGAGAGUGUGGUGCCUUUGACCUUGGGCAGCCGCCCAUGGCCUUCGAAGGAGACAUGCUUCAUCGUUUUCAUGCCAGACUCAGAGGCUUUCAUCGAGGCGUUCCUUUCCAAGUCCUUGGCCUCAAAGUGGGCCAUCGCCCGGACGCGGGUCGUACGUCUACAGGAUGACCAGCUGAAAACGCUCUUCACUUGGGCCAAAGAGCCCAAGUUGCUGGGGCGAUGUAAAGGGGAGGAGAUCACCGGCAUCCAGGUUUGUGGGGAGAAUAUCCAGAAGCAAGUCCAGGAUGCUUUGGCUUUGACGGGCCUGGCCACUGGUGCCAAGAACAUUCGUGUGAUUCCACAGAAGGAUACAGAAGCGCUCGCGACGCACUUCUUUCAGACAUGGAAAGACGAAGUCUAAAAGUCGUUUUUCGCGGCUUAGGUGCAGAAAA